GACAUGGACUCAUUGAACGAUGAUCAGCCGGAAGUGAGCAGGGCUCCAGUGAAAAGAGCAAGCUCGGACAUGUCCAGUCCUGAAGCACAACAAGACAAAGCGCAAGGCGAUGCCAGUUUUCAAAUUUCUAGUCCUGACGAAAAAAUCUUUAAACCAACUUCAGAAGUAUUCCAAAUUACAAGACCAGAAGAUAUGAAUAAUGCAGACUUUGCAUCAGGGAUCUUUCGAGUCACAAGACCAACAAGCGUGGUGAAAAAUACAGAUCUUUGUAGUAAAGUAUCAACCUGUCCCAUGCCAAAUGAUACAGUAUCGUGUCAGUCAAAAAUAACAGGUAAGAAACACACAAGCAACAGUAAUGAAAGACUUACAGGAAAAAAAUGUAUUUCAGCGACUAGAAGAUUCAAAGAGAAACGAUCUGGAUAUAGAAAUAAACAACCUAUGAUACCAUGUAAUUACAAUAGCGCCAUUUUGUUGCCGCGUCCCCAAAUUUCGAUACCACAGCAAACUUUAGCGGGAGCACAUAUUCAGCGAAUUCCAGUUCUCAACAACACAUUUUUCCAACUUCCUAAGAAUGUACCUAUUGCAAGCAAUAGUGUGACAGACGCUCAGAUUGCAGAUAAAAGAUCAACUAAAAUAGUUCAGGAUGGUCUAAGAUUGAUAUCAAACUCAAAUGAAAGUGUUCAGACCUUAAAUUUGUGCUAUAGUGACCAAAACAAUAACAGUAGGGUAAGAAAUACGCAAAAAGAUACCGAACCGAAUGACACCAGCACCGGAGAGAGUAUGUUUGAAAGAAACGCUAAUGAUUCCAUGAAAAGUAAUACUAAUUCAGAAGUCAAAACUAAUGGUGAGGUUAAGCAAGAUCGAUUAGAGCAGAAAGAGGUGAUUAGAUCAGUAGAUGUAUCGUUACUUGAAACUGAAAGUUGCAGUACAGUAUGUGAACGCUCUGACAUUCCAAAUAAACUGUCAGUGUCUAAUGUAUUACAAUAUACAACUGAGAACUUCCCUUCAACCAAUGAAUGUUUUGAAGGAAUAUCUCCUUCUAAUGCAACAAAAGAUGUUCAACCGAGCCGAUCAUUUACAGAUAUACAUUUAACAGGUGUUAAAUCGGCAGAAGUUGAAUUAAAUGCAAAUACCACCGAAUCUAGUAUUUAUGUAAAUCCAGAAGACAUUAUGGUUCAUAAAAGCAAAGAAGAUAUUACUGAACACACUGUUAAUGCUCAAUCUCGAAAAAGAACAUAUACAGAUACUUCAGAAAGGUAUAUUGUUGAACUGAAAACUGGGAAUAUGGAAAUGGUCAAGAAAAGCUAUGUAAUAACAAAUAAGUGUGCUUAUAAAAAGACAGCUGAUAAACAAGAAGAAACAGAAUCAAAACCAUUUCCAAAAAACUCAAAAGUUUUUCAAGACAUAGAAUCGCGAUAUAUGAGACACGAUUUGGCAGGUUCUACAUCCUUCGAAAAGGUUUUUGAUGACAAAUGUGACAUAAUAAAUAAAGUUGAAUCUGAAAAACUAUCCGAGGUUAAGGAUCACCACUUGCUAAAGCUCUCUGAUAAGGAACGCAAAUACCUUAGGAGUAAAUGCUAUUUAGAAAAUAAUCUAGUCAACGAUGUAAGACGCAGGUUUGAGCAAAGCCCUGACAACAAGAAUGAAUUUCUAAAGAGCACUAAUGAAAUUGUCAAUAAUAUCCAUGGAAUUCAACCUAAUGAAGAGUUAAUGACAAAAGCUACUAAUGUGAAUUCAAAUGAUCAUGAACCGACAUUGAAUAAUGACAUGAAAGUUAAAACCGAUAGUUCAAACACCAAAGAAAAACAUGAUUUAUUAUGUAUGGAAAAUAAAGAUAAACUUGUAAAGGACCACAAAUUUAUCGACCAGUCCCACUGGAACAUCAGUCUUAAACAGCCAGUAGUUCGACUGCAACGCUUAGAUUAUUUGCCUCUAGAAAAAUCAAGAUCAUCAAUAGUAGAAACACCAGGGAAUCAGGGGGAAGUCUCGGCAACUAAAGUUGUUAAAAAUAACGGGUCAACGUCUAAGAAGGUGUUCUAUGUUGUUAACAGUAAUGAACUUGCAAAAUUAAACAAGCAUACUGACUGCGCUAGAAGUGCAAGCAUCAACGACAAUACUAAACCCGUACAAGUACAACCAUCUAUAAUGCAAACAAAGACUGAAACCGCUGUUAGUGUAAAUAUGCCAGUAAAUACAGUAUUUAGUCAGUCAGUAUUGAAAAGUCCACCAGUGUCCUCUGGCACAAAUAAAAAAGCAACUACAAUAUCUUAUUCAAACGUUGACAUUUCCGAUAGACAGCUCGAAUUUGCUAGCUCUGUCGUGGACAAUAAGAGUUCUAAUCAUAUAAAACAACUUAAAACAGGACCUUUGAUUCAACAGACAGCAUACAGUAAUAAAAUUACAGUGAAAGAACUUCUUGAAGCCAAACGAGACGAGGGUAAAAACAAUUCUGUCACGAGUCGGCAUUCUUAUGAAAAGGUAAAACGUUCAGCAAGCUUUCCGGUACAACUUUAUGGAAGGGCAAUAUAUGGAAAUCCUCUAAUUACAGAACACGCAACUGGUGUACCUGAUGUGAAAAAUAUUAAUUUAAACAUCGCUAAGAAAAUUGUGGCAAUCAAUACAGAUACUGGUAAUUCAAGCAGCCUCCCUGAAUCUAGUGUUCAGGAAAAUGUCUACCAGAAUGUCACCCCUGUGCAAACAAGUAGAACAAUACGCAUAGUGAAUCCACACGCACACAAACCUAGUUCCGCUAAUCAGCAGUUAUUCAUCGCACCAAUGCCUUCAAUGUCUUUGCCUAACUGUAAAAUUGAGAAAUCAGACCAAUCUACAUCGCUUUCAGUCCGUUCAUCAGACGGUGAGCACAAUUUAGUAACAUGUAGCGAGAAGGAAGAUAGUAGUAAACUGGUCUAUAUUAAAAUAGGAGACCAGACUGUCAUUGUAAAAAGAAGGGAAGAUAAAAGUAGCAAAAAACGAAAAACCCUCCCGGCCCCAAAACCAAAACGCACGGUCGUUGAUGAUUACAAAAGAAAACGAAAAUGCUCGAUAGAUAGAUUCACAAAACAAAUGCAUCGUAAAAGCCUUGGGUCAAAUUUAAAGAAACUAUUAAAAGAAUCAGAUAAUAAAGUUCACAAACUGAUGUAUACAUUGGAUCUUGUUCCAGUUGAACUGAUCAAGCAAAUUUCAGACACAAAUGUUUCAGGUAAGACAUCUGAUAGUGAGCCCAAUACACCAAACAAGAAAACUAUUAAUAGUGCCAAUGAAAUAGAAGAAAAAUGUGUAGAUAUUCAAGCUCCUGAUAGAAGUAGAUCUAGAGAGCGAAAAAACAAUGUGUGUAAAAGUUCUACAAAUACGGCCAAUGUGAUACAAAUAAACAAACUUGAAGAUGAAACUGUCUCUUAUAGUGUUCAGGAGAUAAAUGUUCAAUUCAGAAAAGAAGGGGCGUCAAGAGAUCACUCUUUAUCAUCAAACAUAGGUUAUCCAUGUCGUUUAAAGUUUUCCAUUGAUGGGGUUAUUGAGAAAAUAUACGUGGAACGUCUUAAAAAGGGCUUCUACCUUGUGAAAAACACCAGCGGAGACAAAACCAAACUUGCAAGUAGACGAAAAAUGUAUACAUAUCUUGUUCCUUAUCCGCCGCAUAUUCAGACAGUACCAAAUGAUUCUAUGUCUAUCGCUAUUGGUGAAAUAUACCCAGAGAAACAGAAAUCACAAAAUCCAUUUAGAAAUGAAGACAAUGAUAUUCAAGGCUUGCUAGAAAGAUUUCUUUACCCUUUAAAGGAGGUAACAAACUUUGAAUUUGUUGACGAACGGUAUAGUUCUAUAACUGAUAAAAGCAUGUCUCCGCGAUCCAGUUCACCAAUGUUUUAUUCGAAAGAAAUGAAACAUGCUUUUGAUGACUUAAUUGAAGAAAGCAUGUUUGCUUCAGAUUAUAAUCUAUCAAGAAGAUCCGAAACAAAUUUAACAAAAUUUGAUUUACAGACAACACGUUUCAGUGAAAGGGCAAUGGCAUUGAAAAUAAAACAAAACGAGCUAUUUGAAAGCUGUAAAAAACUGAAGUCAGAGCACAUGGUUAAAGUAGGAAAUAAAAAGAAAAGAGAUAAAGCUUUGCCAAAUGUUGCUGCAAAAACGGAAGCCGCGAAAGAUAAAGACAACAGUGGGGUGAGAGUAUUGAACAAUCCUCGUGAUGUUUUGAACGAAGAAACAUACUAUUAUGAAACUGUAGUGUCCAAAUCAACGAUUAACACUGAUGAUGACACAGUCGAUGUAGAUGCAUGAAGUAGAUAUAGUGACUGGUUAGAUGUGUCAUUUAAAUUGUUUGAUGCGUUUCUAAGAUGCCGCAUAUUAUAGACAUGUAUGCUAUUUAUAAGAAAGGAAGACAUCCACUUACAGUUGAGGAAUUAUUUACGAACAUUUAAACUAGCAGCAAUAUAGGUAGUAAUUUUAACACAUAGUGUCGAAUGUAUGAAAUUCUACUACACUCGGUUAAAUUUGUGUUUACUUUGCGUUCAAAUCCGGACAAAGUUAUUUUUCUCGUUUGAAUUGUAUUGUUAAUUUGCAAAUAUUUUAAAUAUAUCUGUGCAUUGUUUUUUUUUUCAGAAAGAUUUGAUUUUUUGGGAAAAUAUGUCAUUGUAAAUUUAGAUUUUUAGUCAUUUUUAUGGUUCUUAACAAUGGUUUUAAUACCACUUUUUUCUGAAAUGUAGCACAAAAUCAGCAAAUACAUCUUG